AGUGCGGGGAUCCAAAUCCAACCAUUUUAGCCGAACUUGAAGUGAUCCGUCGGCCGCCGGCGAGGAUAGGGUCUGAUUGAAGAGGAGGGAUGGGGUUAAGCUAAAUUUGUCUUAACCUAAUCUCACUCCAAAGACAGUGUUUGUGGUGAUCCAUUUGGUCACCUCAACAAUGUCAAUGGCAGAUAUUGCUCACCCUCCCAUGGAGCAACUCCAAGACCUUGAGUACUGCAUAGACUCUAAUCCUCCAUGGCCUGAAACCAUAAUGUUAGCAUUUCAAAACUACAUUUUAGUACUAGGGACAAGUGUGGUGAUUCCUACAACGCUUGUACCGCUAAUGGGUGGAUCCGAUGGAGACAAGGCACGAGUGAUACAAACGUUGCUUUUUGUGGCGGGAAUAAACACUCUUCUCCAAACACUCUUUGGGACCCGAUUGCCGGCCAUUGUAGGAGGGUCCUUUGCAUAUGUCAUCCCUAUAAUCUACAUUAUAAGCGACUCGUCUCUUCAACGGAUAAGUGAGCCACAAAUUAGAUUCAUACAAACCAUGAGGGCAAUCCAAGGAGCAUUGAUUAUAGCUUCAAUAAUUCAAAUCGUUCUUGGCUACACCCAAGUUUGGGGUCUCCUUUCGCGCUUUUUCAGCCCUCUUGGUGUUGCUCCUGUUGUCGGAUUAGUUGGUCUCGGCCUAUUUCAAAGAGGAUUUCCAGCUUUAGGGAAUUGUGUCGAGAUAGGGCUUCCAACACUAUUGUUGGUAAUUGGUUUGUCACAGUAUUUGAAGCAUGUAAGACCAGUGAGGGAGUUCCCAAUAUUCGAACGUUUUCCUAUAUUGAUAUGUGUCGCAAUCGUUUGGCUAUAUUCCAUAGUUCUAACCGCUGGUGGAGCCUACAGAGGCAAGCCUCUUCACACUCAACUCAGUUGCCGUACUGAUAGAGCAAAUAUCAUAUCCACUGCUCCAUGGUUCAAGUUCCCGUAUCCAUUGCAGUGGGGUGCACCUACGUUCGCUGCAGGCCAUUCGUUUGCAAUGAUGUCUGCUGUUCUAGUGUCAAUGGUUGAGUCAACUGGUGCAUACAAGGCUGCGUCUCGUCUGGCGAUUGCAACUCCACCUCCCGCCUACGUGCUGAGUCGGGGGAUUGGUUGGCAGGGAAUAGGUGUUUUGCUUGAUGGGCUUUUUGGAACAGGGACGGGACCCACUGUAUCUGUGGAAAAUGUGGGACUCUUGGGGCUCACUCGGGUUGGAAGCCGAAGAGUUGUUCAGGUUUCUGCAGGCUUCAUGAUAUUCUUCUCCAUGUUAGGAAAAUUUGGAGCUGUUUUUGCAUCUAUACCAUUUAUCAUCUAUGCAGCAUUCUACUGUGUUCUGUUUGGCCUUGUUGGUUCGGUGGGGCUUUCGUUCCUUCAGUUCACAAACAUGAACUGCAUGCGCAAUCUGUUCAUCACGGGCCUUUCCCUAUUCCUUGGGAUGUCCAUUCCCCAAUUCUUUGAUGAGUAUUGGUCGGGUGCUCGCCACGGUCUUGUUCAUACCAAUGCUGGAUGGUUCAAUGCAUUUGUGAACACGAUAUUCUCGUCACCGCCCAUGGUGGGGUUGAUUGUGGCCGUGUUUCUGGACAACACAUUGGACGUGGAGAAGUCGAAGAAAGACAGAGGCAUGCCGUGGUGGGUGAAGUUCAGAACUUUCAAAGGCGACAACCGGAACGAGGAGUUCUACACUCUGCCAUUUAACCUCAACAGAUUCUUUCCACCAACAUAGCCAGCCAAGAUACAUUCAUUGACAGCCAAUGGCUUUUCUUUAGAAAAGAGGGAAAAAAAGUGUAACUAUUUUUGGCAAUUGGAAUCAAAAGGACCAUGUUGGAAGCACUCUUCACCUCUCACCGCGUUUUCUCAAAGACAUCACAGACACUUGUAGUAACUUAUCAAUGCUUGUGGAUAUCUGUGAGAAGGUUGGGGUGAAAAAUGGAGUUAAGAGUUGGAGUGACUUGGGCAUGGUGUUUCAUUGAGCUUAGUUUUGAUUGUUUUUUUUUUGGGUGGGGAAAUCUUUAAGAGUAUAGAGUAGUUGAGAUAAUUGGUUGAUCUGCUUUGUAGAAUUUCAACUUCAAUGUUCUAUAUAUAUAGAUUAGUCCAUAAAUAAGGUGGAUGAUGGAUGUAGAGCUCUUGAUCAAUUGUAAUGGU